AAUUAGCCGCUUCUGAUCCAACAAUUUCUCCAAAAAGUCACCCAAAUACAAAGUAAAAUGGUUGAUUCUGUUGCAACAAUAGCUCUUGAAACACUUCGGGACCUGUUGAUUGAGGAAGCAAAGUUUUUAUCGAGUGUGGACGGUGAGGUUGAGGAAGUCCGUAGGCAGCUCAACAUCAUGCACUGUUUCUUGAAGGAUGCUGAUAGGAGGCAAGAUCGGUACAAUUCACAGACAGUCCAGAAUUGGGUCGCUGAACUUCGCGAUUUGUCCAUUCAAGCUGAGAAUGUACUAGAAAGAUAUGUCAUUGAAGUGGUGUCCAGAAGAGAAGGAAAAGGCCUUAAAAAGGUUCUCAAAAGAUUCACUUGUAUAUUGAACGAGUGGUCGAGAAUGCACCAAAUCGGAGAAGACAUUAAAGAUAUCAAGUCUCGUAUGUCCGACCUCACCAAACAAUCGGAGUCCAUGAGUGUAGGAGACAACUCAUCAAGAUUGGUAGAUGAUACCAAUUGGUCAAGAAGAACGUAUGGGCAUGAGGUUGAAAAAUAUUUUGUAGGAAUGAAGGAGGAUAUUAAACAGUUAGAAUCACUUCUGACAACUAAUGACAAAUCAAAUGGAGUGAUUUCCAUAUGUGGCAUGGGAGGCUUGGGAAAGACCACUCUUGCUACUAAAAUUUACAAUGGGGAGGCCGUGCAGCGGUGCUUCAAAUAUCGUGCUUGGGUUUGUGUAAGCCAGCAAUUUCAACCCAGAACUAUUCUCCAACGACUAUUAAAGCAACUUCUUCCAAAUGAAGCAGAGGAGCAAGACGAAGAUGUAUUGGUCAGAAAGUUGUAUGAUGUACAAAAAAAUAGAAAAUGUCUAAUAGUUUUGGAUGACGUUUGGGAAGUUGAUCAUUGGAAUUCCUUAAGGCAUGCUUUUCCCAUUGGAGAGACAGAUAGCAAAGUUUUGCUCACAACCAGAAAUCAAAACAUUGCUUCCACAGGAUACGUCCACAAUCUGAAGUGUUUGGAUGAAGAUGAAGGAUGGGAGCUCCUUCAAAAGAUAGCACUCCCAAACAACUAUUCACAAGAGCUACCUACAACUGAAAUAAAGUUGUUGGAAGAAUAUGGAAGGGAAAUAGUUAAAAAAUGUGGUUAUUUACCAUUACCCAUUUCAGUUAUUGGGGGAACUCUUCGUCGUGAAAAGGCAUCAUUAGAAUGGAAAAAUGUGUGUAGAAAUCUUGAUUCGUACCUUCAACAUGGGAAAGGUUUGGAGAAUGACAAAAAAGUAAAUCAAAUACUAGAUUUGAGUUACAAUGUGCUCCCUUACAACCUGAAACCAUGCUUUUUGUAUUUGGCAUGUUUUGAAGAGGAUCAAGAAAUAGAUACAGAAAAACUAUAUUUACUAUGGAUGGCUGAAGGAAUGAUUUCUUCAGAAGAUAAGGGAAGAGGAGAAAGUUUGAGAGAUGUGGCAGAACGGUAUUUGUUUGAGCUUGCAAAAAGGUGUAUGGUUCAAGUGGAAAUAGACGAGUUGCCGCUCUAUAAUAGGUUUAAGUCAUGCCGGCUUCAUGAUAUGAUACGAGAUCUGUGUUUGUCAAAAGGAAAAAAAGAAGGAUUUCUGGAGGUUAUAGAUAGAGAGAUGGGAAGUGAAGAGUCUUCAAUUUGCAAAACAAAUAGACUGGCUAUCCAUAUGCACAAAUUGGAUAAUGAUCUUAGUUACAGGAUUGGGGAAAAUAAGAGCAUAAGAUCUCUUCUAUUCCUCAAAACGGACUGGAGAAGUAUAGAUUGGUACAAUUACAUUACAUUUGGGAUUUUCAAAUCUCUCAAAGUCCUAGUGUUGGAAGGUUAUACAUUUGAGAAUUCGAAAUUGCCCAAAGGAAUCGAAAAAUUGAAGCUGUUGAAGCUAUUGAGUCUCGAAAAUAGUUAUGUGAAAGAAUUGCCAGCAUCUAUAAGCAAGCUACCUUGUUUGCAGACAUUGAAUGUGAAAGAUACAUUUAGAUUACCUAAUUGCGUAUACAAAAUGAGGCGCUUGAGGCAUCUAUUUUUGCGAGAUGAUCAUAAGAGCAUUGGAGGUGAAAAAUUGAAAUUGGAAGGGUUGAAUGAGUUGGAGAUGAUAACUGGAUUCAAGAGUUUGGUUGAUGACAUCACUCAUCUUCUUAAAUUGCCGAAACUCCGAGUAUUGGAAGGAACAAUUUGUGAUGAAGAAAGUUUGUCAAUGAUUGUUGAUCACAUCUUAAAUCAUCAAGAACAAUUUCGCGACGUACGACUUCAGAUUGAAAUGGAUGUUAAUAUGGAUUCGGAAGAUGGCUCAACUCUUCUCAAAAGGUUGGUGACGUGUCACUCGCUACAUUACUUGAGAAUCGCACAUUGUCGAGUGAGCAAAUUACCAGCUUAUGAAGUUCAACUAUAUCAAAAUGUGAUAGAAUUGCACCUUAUGGGUACAAGGAUUGAGGAAGACCCAAUGGAAAUACUAGAGAAGCUUCCCAUGUUAAGAGUUCUUGGCUUGUGGCGCAAUCCAUAUAUGGGCAAUGAGAUGGUUUGUCGGGCAACUGGAUUUCCUCAACUCAGAGACCUUGUUCUGUUUGGGUUGUCGAUUGUCCUUAGUGAAUCUAUAGUUUCACUAGGAUUGUUGGUUCUAUUUUUCAAUUUUCUUGGUUGA